CGGCAACAAUUGUAUCCUGUGACGUUUGCAGGACUAGACCAUUUCGGUAUACUGUCCCUGACAUCUAAGGAGUGGUGAAAUGUGUGCGUGUAUUUGUAUUGGAUAAAUAUUGAACAUUUCGGUGAUUUUAAUUUGAAAGUACCAGCUGGGAAAGGACAUUGUUUUUUGUGGUUCAUUUAUUAAAAGUGGCAAGCCAUAUUAUGAUCAAAAUAUGUCCAGCAAGAUGGAAGGAGUUCUCUGGAAAUGGACAAAUUACUGGAAUGGAUGGCAGACCAGAUGGUUUAUAUUAGAAAACGGUGUACUAAGUUACUAUAAAUCUCAAGAUGAAGUCAACCAAGGGUGUAAAGGUUCUAUGAGGGUACAGACAUGUGAAAUUAAUGUCAGUUCGGUGGACCACACUAGAAUGGAUCUUGUGAUUCCCGGUGAACAGCACAUGUAUUUACGCGCCGCGACUUCUCAAGAUAGACAACAAUGGUUAGUAGCACUAGGAACUGCAAAAGCAUGUGUCCAAACAAAGGCUGUUAAAGAAAAUGGUGAAACUCCAGACACCUUAAAAUCAAAAAAGUCAGAGUUGAAACUGUACUGCGACCUUCUAAUGCAACAAGUUCAUGUUAUUAAAAACUCAACCCAAAACUCCAAUGGAGUGGAACUUGAACAAAUGGAUGAAGCUACAAGGCUCUUAGGAGCCACAUGUGAUACAUUUAUAAAGACAUUGGAGGAAUGUAUGAAAUUAUCUAAUGGUGAAAAUUUUGAAUUGCCACAUAAUACUGAUGCCAUUGUGCCACCAGUCAUUCCAAACAAAAAGCAAGUUUUGAAUAAAUCACAUUCUGUGAGGCUGUAGUGGUGAAGAGUUAAACUGAAUAAAACCCGAACCGACAGAAAGCAAAUUAGCAGUAAGGCAGUUAUUUUUUUGUUGCUCUUAUUUCAUUUGAAUAUUUCUAGUCAAAAGUUUUAGUUGUUGCAGUUUUGUUUUUGAGUUUAAAUUUUUUGAAGUGACAUAUACCUAUGCUUGCAGAGGAAAUUUCGGAUACUGCUCUGUGAGUUAGCUUUAUCUGUCAUUGUCUUCCACAAUUUGUGACUAGAUAUGAAAUAUUUGAAUAAAAUAUUAUUGUUUCUCUAAUAUUAAUAUUUUAUUCUAACUACUAUUUCAGUUUGUGAGGAAGAAGAAUGAAAUUUGAUUUAGUGACAGAAUAAGGUAGGUAUAAAAAAUGAAUGAUUAUUUGAAUCUGAGAUGAAGUUAGCGUUAUUUUAUUAUAAUUUUUAUGUUGCAUAUAAUAAAACACUGUUUCGUUUCUAUGCUUAGUUUCUAGAAAUCCAUAAAAACAAUAAAACGAAAAUAGUAUAUUGAAAAUAAAAGGUCGUCGCUAAUGUGGUUCUUAUUCUUUUGUAUUUAAAAAAUGUUUGUAGAGAGAAAGCAAACAGUUUUGCUUAGGAAUAAGUAUAAGUAAGGAGCUGCAAUUGGUUUCUCAUUUCCAUUUUCCCAUAGUGUACUUAUCAUAACUCUUCCAUACAUUUUAUGCUUUUUUCUGACCUUAUAUUAUACUUGCAUCAAAUUUGUACUCCAAAUACAAACAAUUAUUUUUAUAAUUACAUUUUAUUGUAUACUAAUGAACAUCGUAUUAUGAAAUACAAUGCUUUAAUAUCAAAUCUUUUAUUAUAUAAAAGAUGUAAAUAUCCAUUUUGUUUAAAAUGCACCCAAUAUAAGGGUUCCAAAAAGACAAAAUAUGCGUUUUACAUGUGGAGGGGAUAAAGUGGGUUCUAGUCCAUCCGGUCCUGUUUUGUUAAGUAGUGGAAACCAUCAAAUUGGCCAAAAAUUAAAUUAGAAAGUGUGAUAUAUGUACCUAGCUUUUUUGUUAUUGUUAUCUAAUUAUUGUGGAUUUAUAUAAUGUGGUCUAUAUUAAUUAAAACCCAAAAUUUAUGUUUUUCUUACAUAAUUUUCAUCAGAAUCUCUCAAGCAUUUUGGAAACAAUAUGUCGUUCUUAAUUAUACGUGUAUGUAUGUCUAAAAUAUUACCAAAUAGGAUUUUUGUAAAACAUUUUGUAUUGUGUGCUUAAAAUAA